UGCACGACUCGUUGUCCUUUAUUGAUUCAUUAUCCUAUUCAGACGACAAGACUGAUCUCACUAAGGAUCAUCAUCGCGCGAAUCUGCAGUCUGCCAGCUUCUACGAUCCUACAAGACCUUUCGUCCGGUAUCCAGCAAGCUCGAGCUUCAGCCUCGGCCAAGUCCCACCAUAGAUAAGGCAUCAGGGUCCACGAACGCAAGCUUUUCCCGCGCAUCUCUCUUCUGCCAUCAUGGAUCCCUCAAAAGUGUCGAUUUUCAAGACGUACGAUAAGCCCAGAGGACAAGGUGGCUCAGGAUCAUUCGCAACUUUCAUGAUCAUUGGCCCAACAUGUUUCUUCCUAGGCAUGCUCUUCUCCGCCUUCCCAUACGAUUACCCUCUCCUGUGGACAUCCAUUCCAACUCCCGAUGCAUACUACGACCAAUUUGAAGCUCAUCUGAAGUUCCUCCAUGCUUCCCCUCCUAUCAUUCCCCGCAUCCUCAACAUCACCAUAUCCAUCGGCUUCACCGGCUUCUUCAUCAAAUUGUUCAAGCCCUCCGAGGCAAAUCUCCUCUUCGACGGCGCAUCUCUGCUCCUUUACGUCGUCGGUGUCGUGGUCUACAUCACCAACAUCGUCAAAGGUCUGCGAAUCGUAACCAGCGGCUUCUACGGACAACCAGAAAGCGACACCGAGAUAGCCAUCGGACGAGAAGACAGCUUGAGAGUCCUAGCCGCUAGCAAUACCAUCCUGGCACUUGUGCUCGUGGGCGUUCUCGUCCUGCAAGCCGGCCAAUGGUACGCUGAGCGCAAAGAACAAGACGAGGUCGCCAAGUACGAGAAGCAGCAGGAAGAGAAGAGCGCUGCUAAGGGCACGAAGAAUGGGGGCCACGUUACGAGAUCUGCGUCGAAGAAGAAGCAGUGAUUUAACAGGCAUCUGCAUGCAUAUGGCGUCGGGAAUGUACAUGAUAACUCUGUGUACUUACUUUUGUCAUCUGUUUAUCAGCUUUUCUGCAUGGUGAAGGUGAAGGCGGGUAGGAUACGGGCGCUUUGUCUCGGCACGAAAAUAAUAACUCUCUCACAAUAUCUGAAAAUAUUUUGAUCAUUCAUUC